AUGUCUUUUGUCUUAGGAGCAUUGCACUUUGACGGUUUCAUUUCUUCAUUGAAAGUACAUUGGCCCGUGCAGAGCACUGAAGGAAAUCAACGUGAAAAUGGUGGCUACAGUGCUGGGAUGGUUACCAACGACGGUGAUGACGUUGUUCAAAAUGUUGAAGAGGGAGAACAAAACAUAAACAACGAAUAUAAAUACAUGAACAAGAGCAACACAAAUAACAACACAAAUAACAUAAGCAACAACACGAGCAACAACAUAAACAACAACACGAGCAACAAUAUAAACAACAACAAAAAAGGAAAAACACAAACGAACAGUAAGACACAAGGACAACAUCCAAUAAAGAUUCACCUCCUUGCAAAAAAUUCCGAGUGCAUAGUAGAAAGUGUUGGCCAGAAAUUCUGCAGCAUGAAUGCACACCAGUAUAGCGCACGCUACAUAGAGAACACGCGCAUAUAUGAUAAUAAUUUGCAAGAGAACGAACAUAUAGAGAAACAGAUGCGGAGACAUGGCAACACUGAAGUUUAUAUAAAACAUCCUCCUCGUCUCCUCAUUUGCAAAAAUGUUCACGUAUGCGCUGCCGGAAGAUAG